UUGCUCGGGAGAUAGAUGAUCCACCGGGACCGGUUUGGCGCGACCGUGGCGUCCUCCCGCCACCAGGGGCGCUGUGGCCGCUCCGAGCCGGGUCAGGCGCGGUGGCCGCCGCGCGCCUGCGGGGAGCUGCUGACUCGCCCCGCGAGCCCGUGCCCCACACGCACCGUCGCCAUGGCUACAAAAGACCCCACGGCUGUGGAGAGAGCCAACUUGUUAAACAUGGCUAAGCUGAGCAUCAAGGGGCUCAUUGAAUCUGCCCUGAGUUUCGGCCGCACCCUGGACUCGGAUUACCCGCCUUUGCAGCAGUUCUUCGUGGUGAUGGAGCACUGUCUGAAACACGGCCUUAAAGUGAGAAAAUCAUUUUUGAGUUAUAACAAAACUAUUUGGGGCCCACUGGAACUGGUGGAGAAGCUGUACCCCGAAGCAGAGGAAAUCGGAGCAAGCGUCCGGGAUCUGCCUGGCCUUAAGACCCCCCUGGGGCGUGCGAGGGCGUGGCUCCGAUUAGCCCUCAUGCAAAAAAAAAUGGCCGAUUACCUGCGUUGCUUAAUUAUCCAGAGGGAGCUCCUGAGCGAGUUCUAUGAGCACCACGCGCUAAUGAUGGAGGAGGAGGGAGCCGUGAUCGUCGGGCUGCUGGUGGGCCUGAAUGUGAUCGAUGCCAAUCUGUGUGUGAAGGGAGAGGACCUGGACUCCCAGGUUGGAGUGAUUGAUUUCUCAAUGUAUUUAAAGAAUGAAGAAGAGAUAGGAAACAAAGAAAGGAAUGUUCAAAUUGCUGCCAUCUUAGACCAAAAGAAUUACGUUGAAGAGCUAAAUAGACAACUCAACAGCACAGUCAGCAGCCUCCAUUCAAGAGUUGACUCGCUAGAAAAGUCAAACACUAAGCUGAUCGAAGAGUUAGCAAUAGCAAAGAAUAAUAUCAUUAAGCUCCAAGAAGAGAACCAUCAGUUACGCAGUGAAAACGAGUUGAUCUUAAUGAGAACCCGGCAGCACCUGGAGGUUACCAAGGUGGAUGUGGAAACUGAGCUCCAAACAUACAAGCAUUCCCGGCAAGGUCUAGACGAAAUGUAUAAUGAUGCCAGAAGGCAGCUUCGCGACGAGUCUCAACUGCGACAGGAUGUGGAGAAUGAGCUGUCAGUUCAAGUUGGCAUGAAGCAUGAGAUUGAGCUUGCUAUGAAGUUGUUGGAGAAAGAUAUUCACGAGAAACAAGACACUCUCAUAGGCCUUCGGCAACAGCUGGAAGAAGUCAAAGCAAUCAACAUUGAGAUGUACCAAAAGCUGCAGGGCUCUGAAGACAGCUUGAAAGAAAAAAAUGAAAUAAUUGCCCGACUAGAAGAAAAGACCAAUAAAAUCACUACAGCCAUGAGGCAGCUGGAGCAAAGUGACAAUGAUUUGUUAACUCAGACUAGGACAAUUGCAGUGUCAUUGGUGAAAAGUGCUGGCAGUGACCCCCAGGACCAAUACAAGCUGGUCAAAGACAUCUCCUUCUGAAACUCACUCAAGGCGCAGAGCGCACCCUUUUACCAGAUGUUAAAUGGAAGAGAAUUGAUGCUGUCUCAUGUCCAGGGCUGUAGGAGCCUUCAUGGCUGCUGUGAGACGCAGCAGGUGCACUCCUCAGCCUUGUGCACUUGAGCCUCAACUGCUUGGAGGGCAAGAUUUCCAAAUGGUUUUAUCUUUUUUAGUUACCUUUUGAUGGAAACUAGAAACCUUUGGUUUCAGGCUGUGUUGGCACAGAUACACACACACACACACACACACACACACACACACACACACACACACACACCCUGCCCCAUUUGCACACUCUGUCUAAUGGCUCCUAACUGAUCUUUAAAGUUAAGUUUUCAAAAUAGUUUCCAAAACAGGUUGGCCGUUGCCCUGGGCUUCAGCAUCUCAGUUUUCUAGUCCCCCCCACCCAUUGUGAUAGCACAACUGCAAGGCCUACCUCACUUACUUUACUUCCUGUAACUGUAGAGAAGAAAGCUGAGUCCACCCCUACCGCCUUAACCCUUUAAUUCCGAUGUAAACCUAGAGGUAACUUCCUCCUUUCCUUGGAAACUUUUUACUCACUAUGUGUGUUGCCUUACUUAGGGUGUUUUUGAGGCAGAUAAAAAGACACAAGAUUUCUCUUGUGACUUCUUGUGAAAAGUUAAUGUCCAUUGAAUCCUGGGAAAUAUUUUCUUAUAAACCUCAGAAAUCUUGAUGGCCAAGGGAGGCAAGGAGUGGAGCUAAGCCUGGAGAGAAACAGUGACUUAACAAAUGGAAACAGGAAAAUGUGACCAUUUUAAGCUAAUCUUUACUAUUCAAGGUAAAGAAUAAAAGUUAGGGGGCUGGAGAGCUGUGGCAGCAGUUAAGAGCACAUGUUCUUACAGAGGACCUGGGUUCAAUUCCCAACACCUACGCAGUGUGGCUCACAACUGUUUAUAGCUCCAGUUCCAGGGGACCUGACAUUCUUCUGACCUCAGUCCACCCCAGGCAUGUAUGCUGUGCACAGACAUAUAUGCAAGCAAAACAUUCAUAAAUGUACAAUAAAAAUCUUUAAAAAGUUAUCGAUAGGGGAUGAUGCCAACAAGCAUUGACUCUUGAAUCUUAGUGUCUAUACAUACACACGUACAUAUACAGCUUUGUGUGGAGCUCUGUUAGGAAGACUCUGUUAGUGAGGAUAACUGUUGCUCUUUGCUCUUAGCCCUGUAGCGCGCUUGGUUCCCAGCACACACAUCUUCGUAUCACAUAGACAGGAGCAUUCAGCACUUAUUACAGACCCCGAGUGCUACUCUGGCUUUGUGAAAAGGCAAUAACAUAUCUAGCCAUAUUUGAGAUUUGAAUCAUUAUCCUCCAUUGGUAAAAACUGUAUGCCUUGCAUUAAUUAUGAACAAGAAAUAAAACAAAUUUCAAGAUA